AAGAAAGGAGACAAGAGGAGAGAGGAACGGGUGAGACAAGGUGGCGAGGAGUGAAAGAGAGGAAAAAGGGGAGCAAGAAGAGGGGGAGUGUGGGCCCGACGAACAAAGACACACAGAAAAAGCUAGUAGCGGAGGAUGAGCGUGUCUAUUUAAAGGGAUCUGAGGCUGCACGGGUCCGCCGGCUUUCUAUUCCUGACUGACAGCAUCAUCGAAAUUUAGACCAGAGUGUGUCUCCCCCUCUCUUCCCCUCAUUGAAAGGCUGUUUUCUGCUCUCAGGUGUGAAGUGGAGGGCUUCCCAAACUCAGACCAAGACUGGCUGCAUGUAUCACCCAGCAGAGCUGUACUCUGGCCGUAACACAUGGGACUCCUACCCGGCUGGGGGACCUAACAGAGGACAAUGGGCUCCUGUGAACAGUCGCCCCUGGAGCCACACUCAAAGAGGCCAAGAAGGGCGCAAUCAAUCACAUCAUCCACAAUCCAACCGUCUUUUUAAUCGGGGGGAGAGAACAGUCAACCAUGUCCAGGACAAGGGUAUCUCUAAGGGAUACAGACAGCCUGUACGCCUUUGGGAUAGCAAAGAGCGUCCGUUUGAGGCCCAGAACUGGCAUCACAACUCCACACGCUCAUUCCACAAUCGACCUGGCACCAACAACGGUUAUCUAACAGGAGCCGGGGAGCGCUACACAAACUGGGACAGCGAUGCAAGCAUCUCUUUGCAUGGAGGUCCUCGCCUGCAUCGCAACCACAGAGAACUCCAGUCCCCGCCAGAGAGAUGGGCCUCAUCAGACAGCCGCAGGAGCUUUCCAAACAGAAUGGUAAACAACAGACCAGAAGCCUGGAAACGGCCGGUCCAACACCAGCGACGAGACCAACUGCACCAGCACAGUCCACCUCCACAGCACCCGACAUCCCCCAGGGAAGAGUGUCCUGCCAAGAGGAGAAGAGACUCUGGCCCUGAUCAGUCAUCUCAUCAAGGAUUAAGGCAUUUACCUUUAGUCGCCCAUGCCCCCUCACCAACUCGCCAGCAUCGCUCCAACCAAGAUGACUGGAAGCCUCUUCAUGACAGGGCUGGUUCUCUCCACCACUCCGACCACAGGACCUCAACUACACAGCAACAGGAAACCUCUAAACUGCGUGCGGAAGGACAUGGCUCUAGUAACAGUAACCCAGCAGUGCUGAACCAGAGCAGCAGACCAUCACAUCAUGCAAGUAGGGGGAAAGUGGACCGCAAAAUCUCGUCUUCACCAGCAGACCACACCCGUGUGCCUUACAGCCACCAAAACCAUCAUUACCAGUAUCAACGGCACACAGGCCACGCCAGAGCCCAACAGCACAACCUGCCGCUACGCACUAAUGAGGAAAAGGAGUCAUGGAACCAUCAUCACAAACAAAGCACAGAAUCACAGCGCAUUCAUCAAAGGGGCGCUUCAAGGGACCCAACCCUCUUCAAGUCCUCUGGAUCAGACUCUCCAUCGUACUCAUCCCUCCUCUGUAGUCCUCAAAAUGAAGGUUGUACUGCCAGCAGUCCACGUUCUCCUUCCAGUCCAUCAACAUACAUGGUCACCAGUGGCAGAAAAGAGCCAUCAAUUACUCGCCAGUGCAGUCCUGGCCUCAGAGGACAGCAGAAACUACAGGGGAGCCCCAAUCACUCCCCAAGACUUGGCUCAACAUCUUCCACAUCUCCUACAUCUCACACUGGUCUAAAAUCCAGGCUCUCAGAGGUCAAAAAUAGAAAGUCCUCUUGCUCACGACACACCUCGCACGGAAGAUCAAAAGCAAACAAGCCUGAGAUGGAGUUGGAAGAACGAAUUAAGAGUGACAAGCCGCUGAAGAAGAAGAGAAAGGAAGAGGGUCAAAAGACAAACAGAAAGGAUGAGGAAACAAAAAGGCGGAAGAAAAAGGAGGAGAAAAGGUUGGCUGAGAGAAAAAAGAAAAGGGAUAGAGCAGCAAAGAGGGAAAGAAAGUUGGGCUUGAAAACUAAAGUGAAAGAAAAGGAGAUGUUCACUUCCAUUACAGCUUCAAACCCUUCGAGUGAGGCCAAAUUAAGUAAAACAGAGACUACAGUUCUGUCACCAGAGAAGCAAGGCCAGUUAGCAGCCAAACACAAGCACAGGGAGAGAAGUGAACGAGAGAAGACACACAGGCCAUCCAUAAAAACCUCUCCACAGCCAUCCUCUGAAUCUCACAAUCACAAAGUUCCCAAAAAGAACAGCAGUUCCCCAAAACUUCCUGCCAAGGAAAAACUGCCUUGCAGGAACACCAGCGACAACAAGACCAGCAAGAGGCCAAGCAUCGUUUCAUCUCAAUCGGAAGUUGGACCAAAACCAGACGAUACUCUCCCCUCUCUUUUAUUCAAAGCCUUAGAACCUCUCACUACAGCUUGUUCUGUCAGCUUAGAGAAGCCUGUCCUUGGCAAAGAUGAUGUGCAUGGAGUUCUCAAUGCCCCAGACCUACAGCCUGUUGCUGUGAUGGGAAGCUUGCAGGAAUUGGGCGACAACCUUGCAAAUACUCCUCCUGUCCUCAGCUGGCAGGGAUCUCCUGUAUCAGAUCUAGGAGAUGAAGAGGAGGAGUUGGAAAAGGGAGUGAUAAGUAGACCUGUUCUCCAGCCAAGCCCAACCCAGUGCUAUUCCCCUCCUCCUGUCCACACUGAGAGCACUGACGAUACUCACAGGGUGUCAAGUGAUGAUACAGUGGUCAAUAACACACAGGAUGCUAUGCCAGAGAUCCAGUUGCCAGAGAUCCAGGACCUACCAUGUGCGACUGAACAAACUGCCAAGGAAGUAAAGAAGGAAGAGGUGGAUAACAGUGGGGAAAAUUCAGUGUCUCUACAAAAUGAGCUCCGCCACUAUAAAACAGGCUUGGAUGACGUUUUUAAGAGCCUUGCCAACUUUCUUGGAGGCCAAAAGGUCACCUGUAGAGGCGGCCCAUUUGGGGGCCUUCCUGCUAGCAUCACUAGAGGAGUGAAGUACUCGUCUUCUCUUGCACUAGAGGCAGAGACUCAUGAGCAACAGGAUUUCUUCCCCAAAGUAGAUCCCUUAGCGACCUCCGAACCUGGUAAGCAAUCACCAACUCACACUACCUCAGAUACUCUUUUAAAAUCCAACUGUUCAACGACGGAUUCAAAGGAGUCUGUCAAGGAAGUGGAGCUGCAGAAGAAGCAGGAGCAAACGGUGAAUGAUGUAAAAGAAAAACAAGAGGAUAAGAAGACGGAAAUUGUCACUGAGAGGACAGAGUCACCCCUAUUGGAUGGAUCUCUGAGUGCAAAGCUGAGACUGACCGCUACGCAUACAGCCUCCUUUACCAGCCUCAUCACUGUCACCACCAAGGAAGACAGAGGGAACGGCAAAGAGACAGAUCAUAAGAAUACAGAAAGAAAAAGAAAACGAAAAUGCAAGGAUGAGGGAAGAGAAGGGGAGAUCAAAAUCAAGAUCAAGACAGAAGAGAGCAGUGUCAUCUGUCCUAAAAACAAAGCCAAUUCAAAAAGGAGAGCUAAGGGACAGAACGUGUCAUCCUCAUAUCUUGUCAUCUCCAGGAACUCACCCAGAUCUCUUAAAGACAGAACGAAAAGCCAGACUCCUCAGGAAAAUCGAACCAGGCAUGGCAAGGGCAAAAAAGGGGGCAAUGGUGAUUCAAAGGGAAAGAUAACAACGGAGAAGAAGGAAGAGGUCGGGUUGGAAAAUGAGACAUCAGCAGCAGCUGCAGAUGAAAAUAAGAUGCCAAGCUCAGCGUCAACUGUAACAAUCAAAACAUCUAAGUCCACACCAGCAAGUCCACCUCCCUCCUCCAUGGCACCAGUCGAUCCCCUGAAGCUAAAAGCAUUGUCCAUGGGCUUGUGUAAGGAAUUAAGGAUCCUUCUGAUCAAACUGGAGAGUGCUGGAAGACAAACAUUCAACAUAUCAGAGCUGGAGAUGAAAAGAAUCCCACUGUCCAAGAUCAGCAUUGAAAACACGGCAGCUGAAGUGAUAAGAGCAUGCAAAGGGGUGAUGGUUAAGGGGAAAUUUAAGGAGUCCUACCUGCUUCCCACCCUCUCUGUGAAGCCUGACAUCGGCAUUGCGACCCCUAUUCCCAGAGAGAAGCUAAAUCCUCCUACACCAAGCAUCUAUUUGGAGAGUAAGAGGGAUGCUUUCUCUCCAGUUCUGCUUCAGUUCUGCACUGAUCCCAAAAAUGCUGUUACUGUCAUCAGAGGCCUCGCUGGCUCCCUCCGCCUUAACCUUGGUCUGUUCUCCACCAAAUCUCUGGUGGAGGCCAAUGCUGAGCAUGCGGUGGAAGUGAGGACUCAGGUUCAGCAGCCAGCAGAUGAGAACUGGGAUCACAGUGGUUCAUUGCAGACCUGGCCCUGUGAAAGCAGCCGCUCACACACCACCAUUGCCAAAUAUGCCCAGUACCAGGCCUCCAGCUUUCAGGAGAGCCUACAGGAGGAGAAGGAGAGUGAGAAUGAAGAGGAAGGAGAACAGACCAAGCCCUCAGAUUCAUCAGCCACCAACAAAGCUGGUCUGUCCACCCCCAAUAAAACCAAUUCUGGUCAUGCCACCAGCACAUCCAGCUCAGGAGGAAAGAUCAUUAAAUUUGGGACCAAUAUUGAUCUCUCUGACCCUAAAAGGUGGAAGCCUCAGUUACAGGAGCUUCUGAAGCUGCCAGCCUUCAUGCGUGUGGAGUCCAGUAACAACAUGUUGAGUCACGUUGGCCACACCAUCCUUGGCAUGAACACGGUCCAGCUGUACAUGAAGGUGCCAGGCAGCCGCACGCCAGGUCAUCAGGAGAACAACAACUUCUGCUCAGUUAACAUCAACAUUGGACCCGGUGACUGUGAGUGGUUUGCUGUGCACGAGCACUACUGGGAGGCCAUCAACAAAUUCUGUGAGAAGCAUGGAGUGGACUACCUCACAGGGUCCUGGUGGCCGGUUCUGGAAGACCUUUACAGCGCCAACAUCCCUGUGUACCGCUUCAUUCAGAGACCAGGAGACCUGGUGUGGAUAAAUGCUGGGACCGUUCACUGGGUACAGGCUGUGGGCUGGUGCAACAAUAUCGCCUGGAAUGUGGGACCACUCAACUCGUACCAGUAUCAGCUCGCCCUGGAGCGCUUUGAGUGGAACGAGGUGAAAAAGGUUAAAUCAAUUGUUCCCAUGAUCCACGUCUCCUGGAAUGUGGCUCGCACCAUCAAGAUAAAUGAUGAGGAUACCUUCAAGAUGAUCAAACACUGCCUGAUUCAGUCCAUCAAGCACAUCCAGAUUCUCAGAGACCAGCUGGUGGCUGCGGGGAAGAAGAUCUGUUACCAGAGUCGUGUGAAGGACGAGCCGGCGUACUACUGCAACGAGUGUGAUGUGGAGGUGUUUGACCUGCUGUUUGUGACCAGUGAGAACAGCAGUAAGAAGAGCUACGUGGUGCACUGUGAGGACUGUGCCCGGGCUAAGAGCCCAUCGCUGGCAGGAGUUGUGGUGCUGGAACAGUAUCGGAUAGAGGAGCUGAUGAGGACCUACGACAACUUCACACUGGCUCCGGCUCCCUGUUCAAAGUGACGACUCCUCCCUGCCGUCUUUCAGCCAUAAAACCAAAACUCUAAUGGCAGCACAAGCGUCGUCUUCAAGGCAAUCUAUCAGUGAAAAAAACACUCUCUGGAUCAGCCAAUCACGUUUACUCAGUAUUGUUUACAUCACACAAUAAGGUAUGGAUACUCAGCCAAUCCAACUCUAGCUCACUGUCUUCCCCAUACCAGCUGCUGAUUGGACGUGUGCUUAGAAAUAGAAUGACUAGACUGGUACUUUCUCAUGAAAAGCAUUUCAGAUGUGUAAAAAGAAAAUGUGAGCACUGCUAGCACUGAAAAUCAGGUUAUGUAUGUUAAACGGACACUGCUGUGAUUCUAAAGCGUCAAGUAGCCGGUUCUGUGUGUUAAUUCAGGUACUUUUAUGCAAAUUCAGUAGAACUUUUUUACACCAAUCUAGUUAUUCUAUAUGUCCAUGAAAUUUGCUGUGAUUCUGUUGUACCAGCAGGGGAAUGGCUUCACAGGAGAAGUAGCUGAUUGUCACAUUUUGGCAUUAUAUUUAGUUUCUGUUCUGUAUUCAGGUGAACUCUGGCAUUUGUAAUUCCUGUCUGUAUACUCUUCGAGGUGCUAUUCCGAUUUUAUUUAUUCUCUUUAGAUUCUUAAAAAGUUUUACCAGCCUAGAAGUACACCACAUUGGCCUUGCAAACAGUAUUUAGAGGAGAGGUAAUUAGAGGAUAAAUCACACAAAAAUAAGGUUUUAUGUAAAAAAAGAAGAAAAAUCUAAAGUUUGCUCAGUAUCUCUAAAAUACGGGUUUACUAGAGGACUAAUAUGGUUUCGUUCUUAGUUGGAAAUCAACUUUGUAGAUGGAGGAUUUGGUUUUUGUUUGUUUUUUUCACCAGUUCAGCUAAAUCGUUGUCGUGUGGUUUCUUUCAUACACCACAAAACAGACAUGGUGCCGUUUUUAUUUUUGCAACGGGAAAACAAUCCCGGUUUUAUACCUCUUUUGUUGCUAUGUUCUGGUUUCUAGAUGAAAAUAAAUAAUUGUACAUUGUGAAUGAAUUUAUGAUAUACACAUGUGGUGUGCAUAGACUUGAGGGCAGGAUUGGUGCUGUCGGUGAAGUGCCAGGUAGUCUGAUAAAAGUAAUACGUCCAAAGAGACACACAAUCAUAAUCUUAUAAUGCAAAAGCCAGCGAGGCCGAACAGAUGUCCAGACUGACUGGCACCUCACUGUUUUCAUUCUGCCCCAGACAUCCAUCCUGAGCAGCAUCAGCUCUGUGUGCUACCAGGAGCUGUGACUUACUGUGUUUACUGUCAAACAUGUUAAAGAGAAUAUGAGCUGAGACAGCCCAGGCAUCAUUUUAUAAUGUUUGAACAACCCUUUGAAAUCAUUUCCCUGGUACAUUGAGCCUACACAGUCCACCCUUCGGCUUUAUUAUGCCAGAGCUCUGAAUUUGAUGAUCUUUAUGGCCGAAACUUACAUUGUUAACUGAGAGUUGUUAGUGCUCUCUGGUGGACAAAUCUCUGCUAGCCGUUCAAAACUGCAUGUUUAUUUACCCUGGCGUAGUUGACCUGGCCCCAUCCUGUUCUGACAGAUUACAAUCAGACACAGUUCAGGUCAGGACAAUCACAGCUGUUUAUCUCUCAUAGUUUGUGUUAGGCAUUCUUCAUACAAACAAGAUGGCCGCAGCUGAUAUAGAAAUGUCUGAUGUCAUUAUCGUGUCUGAAUUAAACAAGCUAAAAGAUAGCUCUGUUUAUCACUUCAAAUUCAACACUUGCAUGCAUGCCCUGGACACUCCUGUAUACAACUUUCAUUCAUGAUGCUGUGCAUAAAUGGGCCCUAACUACAGUAUUAUUAGGCUUUGAUGACACCUCCUUAAGCAAAUGUCCCUGUGUUUUACUGACGUACCUGCAAGGCUUUAUGAAUUAAGGAUGGAUCAUAGCUUCUGAAUAUUUGAAUUAUCAUUCAUGUAUAGAAAUAAUUCAAGUUUUAAUGGGACUUUUGUCUCAUUUUAAGAAACUAAUUUUUCCAUCAUUCUCUGUAGCGCCUUGUUGUAAUGCAGAACUAUGCCAGAUGGUGGCUAUAGCACAUCUGAAAGCUAAGUGAUUUCAGUGAUUAGUGAUUAAUAACCACUGCUAAAUGACAAAAGAAGUGGAAGCAAAUGUUGUGAAAUACAGAGUGACAUUUAAAGCCUUGAUACUUCCACCCCACAACGUUUUGCUCCCCAUGUGAAGGUAGCGGAAGCAUAAACGAGGGUUAAGGUGAUACCAACUCCGUGCCUAACCUGGCACGUCAGAUGGAUGUGUUUCACACAUCCAUCUGGUAAACCACUCAUAGACAGCAAUUGGGAAAGGGCAGAGCCUUUGAAAAACCUUGGAGGGUGAGUGGAUGAACGUUCUGUCUGUCGCAUCUUUACGGGCCAAUCAGAGCAUCAAAACACGUGAUGUAGCCACUACCAAACUGUGCCCCGUCCAAAGGAGUGAACUCCAUACAGAACUGCACAACGCAAAUCAUGGCAACUGUAGACUGUAUUGUGAUUAUACUGGACAAUAUUGCAUAAACGAAAAUACAAAACUGAAGCUUUUACAGUACUGCUUUAAAAAAAAAAAAGCUUAAUAUUUUCUUGAAAAUUAAAGUUUCUCAUUUUUCUACAAUGUGCACUAGUAGCACUAUUGUAAACUUAAACGCCUCUCUGCAGGCAUUCUUAAACCUUUCAAGUACUAAAUACAAAAAUAAUUGCAGCCUUUUUAUGCAAUUACCUAAUUGCACAGCCUUAAAUCGUGACUGCAGUCACAUUAAUGGUGCAGCACUAGAGCGCAGUGCUUUGUGUGUGCUCUCUUCCAGUUCCACAAAGCUUAAGAACGCCAUGAAUUGCUAGACGGGCACGUAAUAUCAGGCCAGUAUGGUAUGAAUAUCACAAACUUUAGUUCGCUUUCGCCCAAUUUGGGACCUGAAAAUUUUCUGGAGACCACUAAAACCUUAAUUCAACACAAGAACAUGAGACUCAAAGUAUUUACUGUUUUAUUUAUAUCAUUUAAACAGAGGAUUUUAAAGCAAAUGCCCAGUUUCAGACAUUUAAUGCCAGAAGAAAUGGUUGGCAUAGUCAUUAAGUACAGUUAUCUAGUCACAUGUUUAUUUUGUUUAAACUGUCAUCAGCAAAAUCACCUUUUCUUGUCUUAGAUCAAUCAAAAUCAAAACGGUAGCAUUACAGACUGCUGAGAAGCCAAGACACUGUCUUUGUCUUUCAUAAUGAAAAACAAUCUAAUGAAAAUUGCUGGGUAUUUUUGUCAAGUUAAAAUUAUUGUGACCACAAUGCUAAAACUGUUAGCCUGUUAAUGGAACUUUCCAUCACAUAUAAGCACGGAGCUAACAAACUAAGAUGUGACUCCCUGUUUAAACUUUUUUUGGCAGUAUUACCUCAACUGGACAUCAAUAAAAUGAAUUUGUUUUUAGAGUUAGCUACAUACUCAGUAACUUAAACAGCAUGUUUUGUUGUUCUUAUUGGUUGAAAUCCAGAUACAUUUUAGUCUGCGAGCAGUGAUAGCAUCCUGUUGGAAUGAAGAAAACAAACUGAUGGAUUUAAGAUUAUUUUUUUGUGAAUGUUUCUUAUAACACCAGGUUGAAAUUGAUAAAAUCAUUGCCUACUGAUCUUUAGAUACUGGACUGUAAAAUAUUGGUAUACAGCAGCUCGUCUUUUAAGUGAAUUUAAAACGUUUUUUUUUUCCUAGAUAUUUAAAGAUUUUCUCUUAUUUGGACAGUAUGCAUAGAUGAGUCCCACUCUUAAUCACUGAAUUUGAUCUUCAGCGUGUAAUAACGACUUUAGGAUCUUUCUCCUGCCCUCAUCAGUCUGUGCACACCAUUCACUGUACAUACUGUAUCUGUUUUCAGGUUUACUAGGAGACUUCUGUAGUUUUGUUCUCAGUCAGAAUCUAAUUUGUAUAUGGUCAAAAUUUGUCCACCUCUGUCACUUGUUUUUGUUGUUGCUAUAUUAUAAAAACACCCUGAAAAUAUCCAGUUUUACUCUAGUUUAAAUUACUGCAAUGGGAGUUUUUGUUCCCACUUUUAUACCUCUUUUUGUUGUCAGUUUCUGUUUUUUGGAUUACAGAGAAAAAGGAAAAUUGUAAAUUGUGACACUAUUUAUACUGUACAUGGUUGUUUUCUUAUAUAUUUAUUGCAUAUCAAAGGGUACUUCACUUGAUAAGGGCCUACAAGGUAUUUUAAAGAUGUAGUAUGGUCAUAAUGUGCGGACAGGGGAGGUGCAAUCAGGGGGCGGUUUAAUUUUCAUGGUGCUAGCCCCCUCCUUGCCUCCAUGCCCCCUCAUGAAACAGCAUAUGAUGAUGAAUGAACAGAAGUCAGUGACACAACUCAAACCCACUGGUUGGUGCUUAGAACCAUUUCAACACAGUUACUGGUAACAGAAAUGGAACGAUGUCUUUGUACUGUAUGUAACAGAUGAAUACGAGAUCUUUUAACAAGUUUUUUCCAUUGUAUGAAAUUCAUAAUCUUGUGAGGCAUUAGUGGUUUCUGAUGAGCAUUAGCAGUAGUUGUAAUUCUUGACACUUUUGCAGAGACUUUUAGGGAUGUGACUUUUAAUGACGUCUAGGUUUCAGUUUUUCUGUGUCUUGUCCUCAUUAUUUUUAUGAUUAUUAUUAGUAUUAUUUGAAGGAUGUAAUAAUGCUCCUUUUUUCUCUUGACUUGUUUGAUUUCUGCUGCACUUAUUGUUUUAAAAAGAACUCACAUAGAAACCUGAG